AUGGCGCCUAGCUUGUUUAAGAAAGCCAAAUUCAAGGCCAGAAGGCUAUUGCAGCCCGCUCACCAAGAAUCCGCCUCGGCUCCUUCACCACCAACACCUUCGCCGACACCGCCUCAGCGUGCAUCCGAACCAGCAACUCAACCAACAUCUCAGCCAACGCCUUCUCCACCUACCUCGACAGAUACCGAAGCCUUGCCGCUGCCGAAUCUACAAGAGCGACUGUGGAACCAGGCCUACGACGAGCUCAACGCGAGCGAGCCCAAGCUGGUCGAAGCGUACGAGAAAAUCCUAUCAGUUGGACUCCAUGGAAACGACCCGAGCUCUGUUAAUUGCGAAUCAACGGAAAACGAGAUAGGGGUGGCUCGCGAGACACGACGCCACCAAAUGCGGCAGUUGGUCCAGGGUGGACUAGACCGGACGCAGAAAGCAGCGUCUAUUAAGCGAGGAAUCGAUGAAGGCUUACAAGCAGUGCAAGCGGUGAGGGGAAUAGUGGACAAGGCGGUACAGGCCGCUCCGGAAGCCGCCAUAGCCUGGGUCGGUGUCUGCCUUGGACUAGAGAUCCUUUCGAACCCCGUCACUGAGGCACGCUACAAUCGCCAAGGCAUCGCCUACGUCCUGUCGAGAAUGGAGUGGUACUGGAACUUGGUGUCCCUGCUUCUCGAUGAAAAUAAGGCAGAGAAGUCCUCCGCGGGACUGCGUGCCCAACUGGAGAAGCACGUUGUGCAGCUAUACGAGAAACUUCUCUCGUAUCAGGUGAAGAGCGUCUGCCUUUACCACCGCAAUUGGGCUGCUGUGGUCUUGAGGGAUGUGUUCCGACUGGAUGACUGGGCUGGCCAGCUCGACGAGAUCAAAGAUGCCGAGGCUGCUGUUCGAACAGACUCGGAUCAAUACAACACUGAACAGAGCAAGAUUUAUCUCCGGAAACUCACCGACACCGCAAGCGCUCUGGAGAUGAAUCUCCAGGGCAUCCAUUCGGCCAUCAAGGAUCAAACACGACAGCAAGAGAAGAGAUACCAAGACGCCAAGUACGAGAAAUGCAAGACCAUGCUCCUGUGCGGCAUCAUCGACGAGCUAGAGAAGGAACCUAACAGUCUCCUUUCCUAUUUCUUCUGCCAGGCCACUGAGGCCCAACUAAGCAAUGCGGCGUCUGUGCUGCGUGGCCUCAUCUACCUCCUCAUCAUCCAGCAACCAUCGCUCAUCUCGUACGUCCGGUCCAAGCACGAUGUUACGGGCGAGAAACUCUUCCAAGGCAUUAAUGUCUGGGUGUCUCUGGUCGAGAUACUCACAGACAUGCUGAAGGACCCCACUUUGAAAGAUGCAGUCUUGGUCGUCGAUGCCCUUGACGAGUGCAUUACAGAUCGACCUCAGCUUCUUGAUUUCAUCAUUCAAUCGUCAUCCACUCCUUCAUCCCGCGUCAAGUGGAUCAUAUCCAGUCGCAACUGGCCAGACAUUGAGGAUAAACUUGACAGUGCGAAGCAGAAGGUCAGGUUGCCCCUCGAGUUGAACAAGGACUCAAUCUCCAAGGCUGUUGAUAUGUACAUUGGAUACAAGGUGGAUCAACUGGCACGUGACAAGAAAUACGAUAAGGAAACAAGACACGCCAUCGAGAAUCACUUAACUUCCAAUGCCGACGGCACUUUCCUCUGGGUAGCUUUAGUUUGUCAGAAGCUUGCCCUUCCUAAGGCCCGAGCAAGGAACGCUUGGGCUACGGUGAAGGAGUUUCCUCCAGGGCUGAAUCCUCUCUACAUGCGAAUGAUGGAAUAUAUUCAUGACUUGGAAGGAAACGACUCCGACCGCUGUAAGAAGAUCUUAGCUACUGCCUCCCUCGUCUACCGUCCUGUUGACUUGGAGGAAUUGAGGGUUCUUGAUAAGUCGGUCGAGGACCUAAGCGACAAUGACUUGGAAGAAAUCAUCGCGCUCUGCGGAUCUUUCUUGACUCUUAGACAAGGUAUCAUAUAUUUUGUGCAUCAAUCGGCUAAAGAUUUCCUGCUCAAGAAUGCGUCCGAACAAAUCCUACCUUCUGGCAUUGCGCACCAGCACCAUGCUAUCUUCUCGAGGUCACUGGAAGCUCUGUCAAAGACCCUUCGACGAGAUAUUUACAGCGUAAGCGCCCCAGGGUUUCACAUCGAUCAGAUUUCGCCACCCGACCCUGACCCGUUGGCUUCGGUUCGAUAUCCUUGUGUCUACUGGGUUGACCAUCUUAAUGACUCAGGAUCCAAGGCGAAGAUGAGCGACAGCGCCCUACAAGACGGCGGCGUCGUCCAUGACUUCAUUAAAAAGAAGUACCUGCAUUGGCUAGAGUCUCUUAGUCUCUUACGCAGUAUGUCAGAGGGAGUUUUGGCAGUUCUGAAGCUCGAGGUUUUAGUAAGACACACGAAAGCACAGCCAUUGACCGAACUACUCCGAGAUGCGCGCCGCUUUAUUCUUUUUCACAAGAGGGCUAUGGAAAUUGCUCCAUUGCAGGUCUAUGCAUCAGCACUCAUGUUUAGCCCCACCCGCAGCCUAAUCCGAGAGCUCUUCAAAAAAGAAGAGCCGAACUGGAUCACACUAAAGCCGAGCGUGGGAUCAGACUGGAAUGCAUGCCUGCAGACGCUCGAGGGUCAUGGCAGUUUGGUCAACUCGGUGGCCUUCUCGGCGGAUGGCCAGCGGCUCGCCUCGGGCUCGCUCGAUAAGACGGUCAAGAUCUGGGAUGCGACAACGGGUGCGUGCGUGCAGACGCUCAAGGGCCAUGAGCGUUGGGUGAACUCGGUGGCCUUCUCGGCGGAUGGCCAGCGGCUCGCCUCGGGCUCGCUCGAUAAGACAGUCAAGAUCUGGGAUGCGACAACGGGUGCGUGCGUGCAGACGCUCAAAGGCCAUGACGAUUCGGUGAACUCGGUGGCCUUCUCGGCGGAUGGCCAGUGGCUCGCCUCGGGCUCGCGCGAUAAGACGGCCAAGGUCUGGGAUGCGACAACGGGCGCGUGUGUGCAGACGCUCAAGGACCAUCAUAGUUCGGUGAGCUCGGUGGCCUUCUCGGCGGAUGGCCAGCGGCUCGCCUCGGGCUCGGACGAUAAGACGGUCAAGAUCUGGGAUGCGACAACGGGUGUGUGCGUGCAGACGCUCAAAGGCCAUGACGAUUCGGUGAAGUCGGUGGCCUUCUCGGCGGAUGGCCAGUGGCUCGCCUCGGGCUCGCGCGAUAAGACGGCCAAGGUCUGGGAUGCGACAACGGGCGCGUGUGUGCAGACGCUCAAGGACCAUCAUAGUUCGGUGAGCUCGGUGGCCUUCUCGGCGGAUGGCCAGCGGCUCGCCUCGGGCUCGGACGAUAAGACGGUCAAGAUCUGGGAUGCGACAACGGGUGUGUGCGUGCAGACGCUCAAAGGCCAUGACGAUUCGGUGAAGUCGGUGGCCUUCUCGGCGGAUGGCCAGUGGCUCGCCUCGGGCUCGCGCGAUAAGACGGUCAAGGUCUGGGAUGCGACAACGGGCGCGUGCGUGCAGACGCUCGUGAUUGACCAGGUGAUUACCCACCUUUCAUUCGAUCCGAUGACAAAGUCUCUCCUCUUUACCGACAUUGGACCUCUGAACCUGGAUCUCCCGGCUCUACCGCCUUGCAUCGACAAUCAGUCGACUGACCUAACCUUAUGGGGUGUUCGCCACUCUGGUUGGGGUAUAAGCACCGACGGUGUAUGGAUUGUAAAAGAUGGAAAGGCGAUGCUUUGGCUACCUCCGGAGUAUCGAAUGAUGAAAUCGGCUGUGGUGGGAUCAACGGUCGCUAUCGGCUGUCGUUCAGGUCGUGUACUGGUGAUGAAAUUCACUUAG